AUGAAAAAUCGAGAUAAAUUUCGAUUUCUGGACCUACCGAUUGUCGUGACUCGAAAUGUCUUGAGCACGAUGGACCCAUUUGAUAUACUUGACUUGUCACGAACCUCGAAGAGGGGUCGAUGGUAUGCAAAACUCAAACAUGUUAUGCUCGAAAAAUGUCCUCACUUAAUGAUUGAAUAUGAAGGUAAUUGGUAUGACUUCGUAAUGACGGAUGAGAAGGAAAAGGAUCGAAAAAGAGAAACUGAAAUUGAUGAUACAUACGGCAAACAAUUCGAGAUUGUUUACGUUUAUUCCAACAACAUCAUGAAAGAUUUCAACAAACUUUACACUAAUGCAAUUAGUGUCAUGAAUAAAAAAAUCAGAUGUAUCAGCUUCUGGAUGAAUCCACUCGAAGGAAGAAUCGAAGAAAGUGUGAAAUGGGUGAAACUGAGAUUUCCUACAAUUGAUUGUAUUACUAUUAUUGGUCAGAAUGUUCCACAAAAAGAUGUGCAAUAUAUUUUGGACAAUAUAACACCGACAUUAAUUCUCCGACUUAUGGCGGAAACCAAAGAGAAGCUUCCAUUGAGAAUUAAAGGGACUUUUGAGCAAUUAAUGAUUGAAAACGGAUCAUGGAUUACUGUAGAUCAUGCGACAAACUUUAGUUUCCCAUAUGUGGCGUUUAUGAGAACUACCAUCACAAAUCAAGAAUUGAAUCUGAUUCUGAAGAACUGGAUAGACAUGAAAUGCCAUCUGAACACUAAACAAUUUGAAAUCAAUCUAAUUGAUAAAGACAACUUUUUGGGUACUGUUCUAGAAAAUAUACCAUAUGAAAUAGGACAACCGAUGGUUCCUGUGAACCUGUACCAUAACCUAGUAGGAGAAGGAUACGAUAUAAAACGGAUUGACGGAUUGGAAGCAUCUGUUUACACUUGUGAAGGAACCAUGGGGCUCGUCAUGGGAUUGAAAACGAAGAAUUGA